GUAUCACAGGAAGAGAUGACCUCUCUGUGGGUGCAGUUACAAGUGGCAGAGUGACUUUUUACCCCUGGACAAUAGAUAAUAAGUAUUACUCUGCAGAUAUUCACCUCUGUGUGGUCCCAAAUACAUUCCAUGUGACUGGAGAUAUUGCUGAAUCCGUGCAAGCCUUUGUGGUGUACUUUGACAGCACAAUAAAAACUGGACUGGACAGUGUCUCUGAGUGGCUCCCCCUGACAGAAGAGUGGCUGCCAGAAGUGAUGAUCCUGGUCUGUAACAGAGUGUCUGAAAAUGGUGUUAACAGACAGAAGGCUCAAGAAUGGUGCAUCAAACAUGGCUUUGAGCUGGUAGAACUGAACCCUGAGGAGCUGCCUGAUGAAGAUG